AUGUCUCUUCAUGAAGAAGUGGACACACUGAAGUCUCUUUAUAAGGAAGUGAAAGUUCAUGGGACCCCUUCUUCCUUUGGUGCCAAUAACUCCGAGCUUCAAUAUUCUCUGGAGAUAGAGAAGAAGUCUUGUGAAGAGGAUGUCCGCAUUGCUUCAACAAUGGAAAGGACUUGCAUAAUUUAUGGUAUCUUUCUUAGUUCUUUCCCUUUGGGAGCAACCAAUAUGACCUUUGGAACUCAUGGUCACCCAUCCCUUUUGGAGAGAACUAGCGUAACCAUUAAGCUUUGUUUCUACAUGUCUGAUCGAUAG